AUGCCUGCCUAUCACUCUAUCUUCCUGGAGGACCGCGAUGUCACUGUGAUUGGUAUGGUCUUCCUGCCGAAGCUGGCGCAGCAGCUGAUGCGCUCCGGAAAUUUCCCUAUUCUACCCCUCCGCACCACUACUCAUGGCCCCGCAUACAAAUUGCCCCAGCUUCCCACCACCGACGGCCUUGAUGUGUCACCAGAAAGUGAAUCAUAUGACUGCGUCGAUGAGAUCCUGUCACUCUUCCGCGCCAAUGUCUUUUUCCGUAACUUCGAGAUCAACGGCCCCGCGGACCGCAUGCUCAUUUAUGGAACUCUGUUUGUUAGCGAGUGCCUUGGGAUAGUCAAGCCAGAGAUGACAUCCAAUGAGGCGAGGAAGGCCCUGACCAACGCCGCACUGGUUAGCUUUGCUAUCCCCGGUGAUGUGUCGUUCCCGCUCAACCAAGCAUUUGAAGCCCCGAGUAACCGCCACGAUGCCGAGACUCUUCGCCAAUUCAUUGCGCAAGUGCGGCAGGAGAUCGCCCUCCGCCUACAUGCUAGAUUAUACGCCGGUGGAGAGGAACCCUCAAAGUUCUGGCUCAGUUUCACCAAGAGAAAGUUCAUGGGAAAGAGCCUUUAG